UACAUGGAUUGGAAGGCUAUUGACCCUACAAGUCUAGAAUAUAUCAUGACGCCAGCACUAAUUGGGAAUCCGGGUUUUCAUUAUGUAUGCUUCGUUGUGAAUCUCAAGAGCCAAAAAUUUCAAUUCCUGAACAGCUUGAAAGGAGAGACAUUGAACAUGAAGAAUGGCGAAGCGACUGUGUACAAUAAGAUGUUUGAUGUAUGGCUGAAGGAGGUGGAAGCAUUUGUGACAGAAUUGUAUAAGAAAAGAAAAAUCACAAUGCCUUUCCAGAUUAGCACAUUUAAGUGGGAAACACCAAAGAUGCCUAAUCAAUGUGAUAAAGACAGUUGUGGAGUCUUUUGCAUGAAGUUUCUUGCUGAAUGGGAUGGUGGCAAUACCGAAAUAGAAUAUUUCAAAGAUUGGUCCAAAACGAGAAAGCAUGGGAAGAAUGGCAAGGUUGCAAAAAAGUAUGGAUUUGAGAAUUGGAAUUUGUUCAACAAUAUUGAGCGACUCAAGCAAUAGCAAAAGAAACUAUGU